AUGGACUUCUCCAAUGGUCCUCGUCCGGCUGUUCAGGUUGUCAUCAGCAACACCCGCCAGCCAGCUAGUCGCGACAUCGUCAUGCCGCCUCCGCCGAGCAGGAUGAGACCGCUGUCUGUCGAUGAGGCUCUGCAGUAUUCCUCCAUGUCGAACGCUCCCGUGUUCGGUCUGGACUGCAUCCUCCGUCCCGACGUCGGGCGACCCUCGCAGACAACAUCGAUUAACCAUAUCCUGCAGGCCGGGCGCAAUACCCUCAGUGAAUUGGACGCCGAGAUCCAGCCGGGAAAAGACGAUUCAAGUCGUCUGGAGACCUCUCGGGAAUAUCUCCAGCAGCUGCUGGACGGGAACGAGCUGACGGAAUUCAAAUUCAAGCUUCCUCCCACUCGAAACAGCACCCAGCUUGUGCGCGAGUCUGCCCCCGAUGCGCCGCCGUUGUGUCGCAGCACCCUGGGCCCGUUUGCGCAGAUGAUGCUCGAUUCCACGGACAUCGCGUAUCGAUACCCUGAACUCUCUUUUCCCGGUAUCAAAACCGAGAAAAAGAAAGAAUCGAUAAGGCCACUCCCACCAGCAACACCGAAGCAAACCCACCAGGCGAACCAUUCGACUCCGGCUUUUAUCCAGAAACAAGCAACGCCUGCAAGCGACUCUGCCCUCGUCGUUCCCGCAAAUCCUACCCCGACGAACCACACUCCCCAGACGAACGCAAAGCGACGCAAGCUGAAUAUCGAUGGUGAAGAUGCCAUGGCGGCAGUGCGACUGAGGGAUCAAAAAGCAGAGGCCGACGCUGCUUUGCUGAAGUUGCAGGACCUGCUUCACGAAGUGUUCGAAACAGAGGACCAGAUCGAGCCAGGCAUGUCGAUCGUGCCGACUGCUGAAAAUCCACAUCCGACAUUUGUGAGCGCCAGAGCGUUGGAGGUACAUGGCGUUGUACUCUCCUCCGACUCUCACAGCCGUCUCCAGAAGGCGAUCCGCAAGGUCGCUGGGUUUGAUCGACUUCGGGAUAUCCCAUCCGAUUAUCUCAAUCGGAUUCAGAAGCUUUGCGAAAAGUCCAUUCUCGCCGCGCAGGCUCCUGAUCUCAGCUUAAAUGAUCCUUCAAGUGAAUCUGAAGCUCAGGAGUGGCUGGGUAGGGUGGAGGAUGUAUUGACGGCACUUUUCGCCGUUGGAACGCUUCUCCAGACAAUGUCUGGCCGCCAGACCGAGCGUGAUCUGUGUCCAGAGGAUCUUAUUGAAGCCAUUCCCAACGUCCUCAACCAAACCUUCGACCACUGCGUUAUCCCUGCAGUCGAAUCGCGCUCGGGAGGCAAGGAUGCACAUCUUUUCUCCUUUUUCUCGGCUCAUAGAAAGGUCAUCGGAAGCCUGAUUCACCAGAGCAAAAAGGCUCUCACGCUUUUUGCAGACUUUUUGUCCCGCAUCGAUGUUUCCGAGGGCACAAUCACGGCCACUGAGUUUUUUGCUGCUAAGCUGAUCUUCGUGGAAAACGCACACAAUGACAAAGACUCAGCGGUGGGCGUUCAGAAGUUUGAGCCUGCGAGACGGGGUGCGAUGGAUGUACUUGCCAAGAUCUUCUCCAAGUACCCAGAUCAGCGACCUUUUAUCCUGGACGAAAUUUUGGUUUCGUUGGAGAAGCUCCCCUCUACUCGUCAAAAUGCAAGGCAAUUCAAACUUGCGGAUGGCAAGAAUAUCCAACUUCUCACUGCACUAGUGUUACAGCUCGUUCAGACGACCGCCUUGGAGACGCCAAGGACCUCAAAAACUAAGCGCCGACUGCAGGCCUCUUCGGAGAACGAUGAGUCAAUGGGCGAUGGAGAGGAGAAGAAUGCGGCGGACUCUGAUUCCGACGAGCAAGACGAAUCUCUGGAGCGACUUGCGUCCAAAGUCAAUCGCCUCUAUGACAACGCAGUGCGUAGUGCCCAGUACAUCGUCAAAUUCAUCGUCCAGCGUGCCAUGACAUCAACCAAGACGGGCGAUCAACCUUACCGAAACAUCCUCGAUCUGUUCACUGAGGACUUGGUCCACAUCCUUGGGUCUACUGAUUGGCCUGCUGCCGAGCUACUGCUCCGGAUCAUGGCAUCUCACAUGGUUGGCAUAGCCGACCUCGACAAAAGCUCCGCCAUAGCAAAGAGCAUGGCUCUUGAACUUUUGGGAUGGAUGGGCUCUGCGAUAUCGGAUUUGAUUGCAACCGCGCAACACAUGCUUCCAUCUAUGGAGGACUCGAACAACGAACUCACAGACUAUCUCAAACAGCUAUUUGACGACUUUUCUUGUCGAGCAUUGCACCCGCAGGAUCUCGUCACCCCCGCUGGUCCAUACCGAAUGGCCCUCGAGUAUCUUCUACAAGACCGAAAUUCUGACAACUGGCAGCUGGCCAGUGCCCGAGGGUACUACCUGGCUCAAUGGGCGAAGACUGUUUGUAAUAUCUACUACAAAGAGGAAGACAAAGAGGAGGCGGGGCGUGAUGAACUGACUGAUGACUUGGUCGUUCUCCUGACCAAGUCCUUCUCAGAUCCUCGCUGGUUGGAGACCCACAAGCAAUUCGAUAACAUCUCCAACGUUCAUGGGAGAUUUGCAUACAUCCUGACGGUUUUGAACUCAAGUUUUGGCAAGGCCUUUGAUACGAUUCUCAAGGUCUUGUUGAACUCUAUCGCCAGUGACCAGGCCAAGGUUCGCAGCCGUAGCCUGAAAAGUGUCAUCUACAUGCUUGAGAAAGACCCUAACCUCCUCGACCGGGACGCGUCAGUGAUGCGUCUCAUACUUCGAUGCACCACGGAUGCUUCGCCUAUGGUCCGUGAUUCUGCUUUGUCGCUGAUCGCCAAAUGUAUCGGCCUGAAGCCCAAACUCGAAGAAGAAGGGUGCCGGAGCAUCCUGGCCUGUGCUGCUGACGGAACUGCUGGUGUUCGCAAACGCUGCAUUGGGCUGCUGAAAGAUCUCUAUCCACAAACUUCGCGACACGAAUUGAAGCUGGCCAUUUUAGACAGUUUUCUGCAACGCACAGCAGAUCAUGAGGAGAGUGUGGCGUCAAUGGCUCGCCAGACUUUUGAAGAGAUAUGGCUUGUUCCAUUCCACGAAUCUAUUGUAUCUGUCUCUGAUGGGCCUAAGGUCAAACUGGCACUGGGAGAGCAGGUUAGCCUGAUUGUCGAUCUGGUUCAGCGCAGCGAUGCGGCUCUUGAGUCUUUAAGCACAUGUCUGAAAGCCGUGCUGUCGGACAAAUCCAAAUCUGCGGCACUCAACUUCAAGGUUUGCAAAGCUAUGGUAUCGGUUAUGUUCCAGAGACUCGUGGAGGACGCAGAUGCAUCUGGCAAAGAGUUUCAGCAGGCUCUUCUGCAAACGAUCACCGUCUUCGCCAAAUCCAAUGCGAAGCUCUUUAGCCCAGACCAGUUGGAAUCCCUGCACCCUUACAUUGGGCACCUUGCCACUGCCGACGACCUUUUCAUCUUCCGAUCGGUCGUGGUGAUCUAUCGCUGUGUCUUGCCAUACCUGUCCUCGUCGCACAACACCCUUCUGAAGGAGGUGCAGAACGACCUUUUCAAAAGCGUCGCUAAACUUGCUCGCGCGGAACUCAAUGAGGUCAUGGCUUGCUUGUGGACUAUUAACGGCGUACUGCAUAAUACGGACCGGCUGGUGAAGCUGACAGUGUCUGUUCUCAAGCCAUUGCUGCAAUACAAAAGUUCUGACCUCUCAGCGGAUGCAAAUGCAUCGACCCUGGCACGCGCCAAAAGCUACAUCCGCAUUGCAGGAUGCGUCGGACGACACUGUGAUCUUGAGAAAUAUGCAUCCCACUUCAAGAGCUCGUUCCCCACAUGGGCCGGUGGAUCAGUGGCAGGCCUUAUGGCUGAUUUCAUUCUCCCGUUCACUACUUCGAAUCAGCCUUUCGAGCUCAGGGUGAUGGCUCUUGAAAGCUUGGGUUCUGUCUGCCAGUCUUGGCCGGCCCAGUUUGGCCGGCAGGGACCGAGGAAAACAUUCUCUCAGGUCUUUAAAGAAGAUGCCCCAAGCUUGCAGAACAUUGUCCUCCGGUCAUUUGCGGAUUUCUUUGCCAUUCAAGAAGGCAAGUCCGAAAAGGCCGUUAUGCCAACUGCCUCAGAAGCGGCGACUCAGGAGGAUUCGACCAGGCUGGGGGGAUCGCUGAAAGCAAGUGACAACGACGGCGCCGCGGCUUUGAUUGCCCAGCAUUUCCUUCACGAUAUGCUGCGGGUGGCGCAAUCGCGACAGGAUGCUUACUCCUUGACUGCGAUUGAGCUGAUUGGAAGUAUCAAUCGCCAGGGCCUGGUGCAUCCCAAAGAAUGUGCGGGGGUACUGGUCUCAUUGGAGACUUCCACCGUGCCUGCGAUUGCCAAGGUUGCGUUUGACACGCACAAGAUGCUGCAUUCGCAGUAUGAAUCCAUGUUCGAGCGGGAGUACAUGCGCGCCAUCCAGGAGGCCUUUUACUAUCAGCGAGACGUCGUUGGCGAGUCGCAUGGUGCCACCGCUCGGCCUUACGUUGCCAAACUUGCUCCAUUAUUUGAGAUCGUCAAGAUAAGCAACAGCCGAUACCAGAAGAAGUUCCUGGCCAACCUCUGCGCGAAAGUGAACUUCGAGCUGAAAAAACUCGAUGCAACCGGGAAUCCUCCUGAGCACCUUUUGCUGGCGCGCUUUGUGGCCCAGAACCUAGGCUACUUUGACUAUAACCAGCUGGCUGAACUAAUUCCUACCAUCGUCUGUAUGGAGCGCAUCGUCUCCUCGACUGGCACUGUCGUUGCCCAUGCCAUCGAGACGGAUAUCUUUCCCCCUUCCGUUGAGGAACAGACAGCCCCUGUCAUGAUCCCAGGCUUCCCUACCGAGAUUCAAAUCCCCACCAGCGCCCCACCGCAAGCCAACCCGGCCACCUUGCGACUGCUGGCAACUGCCGCUGCAUCCCUGUCUAUGCUAUGGGAAGCACGCACCUACCUACGACGUCUCUAUGGAGUACAUGCACACAGCAAAGACGGCAAACCGGCCGCGAAAGAGCUGAACAAGACUGCCACCAAGGUACACGGCGUCACAGGCGACAAACUCUGGGAAGCAAUUGACAGGAACAUGGCCGCUCUGGACAGCCCAGAGUCCAUGUUGAACAAGUGCCGUGAGUUCGCGACUUUACUCGCCAUCGACGAGGAGUUCAAGGUCGGUCAGCACGAUGACGCCGAUGGCGACCUUGACGCUGUUGGCGAAGUCGAUGACUCCAUUGGCGGCAGCGACUGGCCUGGUAGUGGACCCAGGCCCAUGAAACGGAAGGGUUCUGUCUCCAGUGCAAAUCUCAACAAGAGACCUAAGAGCCGUAAGAAUCCCAAUGGUAAGAAACGGUCCAGCAUGGAUCCUGACGAUGACUUGGUCUGGGACUGA